ACAUUAAAUAAAUGUGCUUUAGUGGCACUGAAUUAUGGUUUGCUGUGUUGACCAGUCAACAUAUUGUGGUGUGACUGGUGAGGUCACUGGUAUUGAUAGGCUUUAGCAGGUAACGGUUGACUGGCACCAACGGAAACACUGCCCAAGCAGGAUAUGAGGGCAAGAGUACAGCUGGAGAGGCUGGCUGCUUACAGAUAACAAGGAUUGGAAAAUGUGUUGCCUUGGUGACCGAAGUCUUACCGAGGUGAUAACGCUUUCAAAGUGUGUCCAUUCACCUGAUGUCCCUGAACCUCUAAGGGGAACUAGACUUAACUCUGAAUGAAGUGCUCAAUGUUGAAAUAUCCAUAACACUUUACAUUUUGUUGUGUUGUCUGCAGUCUAGCUCGCUUCCUCUUCUUCAUGCAAACACCUCAUUUAAGGCAUGCUGCAGUGUUUUUCUUUCAGGAGAUACAUGGUCAAGAAAAGGUGUUCAUGCUCUGAAAUUAUAGGUCUGCACUGGUUUUGUUUUAUUGUGUGUCAUUAUUUUUAUUUUCAAGAUGUUUUGAUCUCUGUCUCAAGUGAGGUAGUUAGGUCACAAAGAGAGGAAGUGAUUAUGUAUGUAGAAAAGAAAAAGAGGAACAGAAAUUGUUGUGGAGACACGCAAACAUCAGGAGUCUACUCAGUCGACAAAGUCUAUGUACACUACGACGUCAUAUAUUGAUGUGUACACCAGUGGUUUUUCAUCAAGUUAAAAUGAUGUCAUUGGCACAGCUGAGUAAGUUUCUACAGGGCUCGAAAGGCCACUUGAUUUUGCGUUGCAAUGGUAUGGCUUGGUAGACAUACUUGUUGGACAAAAGUUUUGUUUACAAUUUGAAUGUGAGCAACAAACUGGAAUAAAAUGGAUCGUACAAAACAAAAAACCAAGGGAUCGUAUAGAUACAAACUGUACCCUAUUGCAAAGGCUCGCGACUUAGAAAAAAAUCAAACAAUUUAUAUGAGCUAUGAGCACAUCCGACCCAGCUAACACAUAACUUUAAAAAAGAACAUUAGAUAUGGGUUCUUCCCUGGUUGGUUAAACAUAUAACUGACUUUGGGAGAAUGUUCCCUUUUAGUUACGCAGAAACGUAACAAGGCAUACCGUUCCUUAAAUGUUGAGAGAACAAAACAACUCAAACGUUCUCCAGUGGUUGUACGAUUACCUCCACACAACAUUGUGUAGUUGUUUUUGAUUAAUGUAAUUUUAUCUGAGCCUACAAAAACAUACUCCUACUCCACAUUUGGAACUUGUUAAAGAACAAAACUACAACUUUAGGGCAGAAUCCUGCAUUCAACCCAUUGUAAAGAUGCUAUUUUUGAUGCAGUAAGACCCAUGAUGCAUUGCGUUUCCACGUCACACUUUCAAUCCCUAUAGGGUAGGGAUCCCCAUGUGCUGUAUGUUGGCCUAUUUGUUAAUUUUCUACCAUUUAUCCUGAUGAAUUGGAGCCAAUCCCACCUGCCACCCUGAACAGCAACCCCUGUGAUUAAUCUGAUUAAAAAUUUAGUGUAUUUGGUUGGUAUGUGAGCAUAUGUACCGUAUUUGCCUUGUGAAAUGGAACAAGGUCUUAACUCAUUCUUCUUCUAUGCCACAUCAAUGUGGAAUGCACUCCCAACAGGUGUAAAAGUAAGUGCAUCUCUAUCCUCCUUCAAAACCGCACUAAAACAACACCUCCAGGCAACUUCAACCCUUUACUAACACCCUCCCCCAUCCACAUCCCAUCUCCUUGGAUUGUAAAUAACCAAAUGUAAAUAAUCAAAUGUAUUUCUAAUGUGUAUACUUGUUCUUAUGCUAUCUGAACUCACUAUGUUCUCUGCUCCCUGUACGUAUCCUACUAAGUCAGACCUACACUGUUUCAAUGUCCAUUUCUCUGAUGAUGCAAUUGUUGAUGACUGAAGUGCUGAUAUCAACCAAACCCUCCUCAUCCCACCCCCCGGAUUGUAUUUAAUAUUCGGACGGUUGUGUACGCGAGCGCAGCCACUUAUUGAACAUCACCCUGACCAUGCAUCGUCUCCUAAUGUCCUCCAGUGAUCUUCUGGAUAAACUCACCGCUCUAUUUAAAACGGCCAUGGACAACGAGCAGCCAGAAGAAUGCCAAAGGAUAUGCUACCUCAUCAGGCAUUGGAUUCAGGAAUUCUGGAUGAUGUUCAGGUUGCACCACAGCUUGUCAGACAGCUUGGACCAACUCCGAGAUCUGAUCAUGGAGCAUGGACAGGAGCAUCUUUACUCUCUUCUAGAGACCAAAUGGAUAAAUGAACGGGACUGGUCAUGGAAGGCCAGCCAGAAGAUCAAAGCUAACAGCAGCAAAAAGAGAAAAGUCUCUCUUCUUUUUGACCACCUGGAGCCCAUUGAACUGGCUGAGCAUCUCACCUUCCUGGAGUUUAAAUCAUUCUGCAGAAUAUCAUUUGUUGACUAUCAGAAAUACAUACGCAACUGCUGCAUGAAGGACAUCCCCUUGAUGGAACGUUCCAUCGCCUUGUGUAACGGCGUCUCCCAGUGGGUUCAGCUGAUGGUGCUGAGCAGGCCCACUGCUCAGUUGAGAGCUGAGGUUUUCACCAAGUUUAUCCACGUGGCACAGGUUUUACACCUCAUGCACAACUACAACACGCUAAUGGCAGUGGUUGGAGGGCUUUGUCACAGCUCCAUAUCAAGACUGAAGGACACCACCUCCCAUGUACCCAAUGAAGUCAUCAAGGUGUUAAAUGAAAUUACAGACCUGCUGUCCUCCUGUCGAAACUUUGAUAACUACAGACAGGCAUUCAACAAGUGUGCAGGUUUUAAAAUCCCCAUCCUUGGGGUUCACCUCAAAGACCUCAUUUCAGUCAACGAGGCAAUGCCGGACUAUGUGGAGGACAAUAAAGUCAACGUCCAGAAGCUCCAGGCGCUCUACAGCCACAUUAACGAGCUGAUCCAGCUCCAGCAGAUCCCCCCUAAGCUGGAUGCCAACAAAGACCUCGUCCACCUGCUGACGCUGUCCUUGGACCUUUACUACACCGAGGAUGAAAUCUAUGAACUCUCCUAUGCUCGGGAGCCCAGACACUGUAAAACCACUCCAGCCACCCCCUCUAGACCUCCAGUGGUUGUGGACUGGGUAUCAGGAGUUGCUCCCAAACCUGACCCCCGAACCAUCAGCAAGCACGUGCAGAGGAUGGUGGAUUCCGUGUUUAAGAACUACGAUCACCACGACAACGGCUUUAUUUCUCAAGAGGACUUUGAGAAAAUUGCUGCCAGUUUCCCCUUCUCCUUCUGUGUCAUGGACAAAGAUAAAAAGGGUCUUGUCAGUAGAGAUGAGAUCACAGCUUAUUUCAUGCGUGCCAGUGUCAUCUGCUCUAAACUGGGCCUGGGCUUUGUCCACAACUUUCAGGAGACGACUUAUAUGAAGCCCACCUUCUGCGACAAUUGCUCAGGAUUUCUGUGGGGCGUCAUCAAGCAAGGCUAUAGAUGCAAAGACUGCGGGAUGAAUUGUCACAAGCUGUGCAAGGACCAGGUGGCCUUUGAGUGCAAGAAGAACACUAAAGUGAACAAUAACACCACUGACAGUCCUACGCCUUGCCCCACAACUGUGACCACGGGAACUUCUGAGGUUUCAGACGAAUGUCCUUUCCAGUACUUGUCUGAUGACAGCAAAGAGUGGCGCUCUGACUCUCCAGUCACCUCACAUUUGGAGAUAAACAGGGUCCACAGCGCCACCCAGACAGAGGGACCACCGCUGUCCCCUGAAGCCGCUUGGCCUCAUCCGUCCCUUUUUGUCCUGGUGCCCCCAACUUCGCCGACAUGUCCCAGCCCACUGCUCCAGAGGAAACAGCGACACUGUGCUAAAUGGGAGAACCGAGCUUCGGUUGUGCAGAAGCCCAGGGAGCCCGAAGAAGAAUACAAUCAACGAGUCAGCGAAACCCUUCAAUCAGAGAACCAAAGGCUCCAGAAAGCCAACGAGACACUACACAGGAAGUUAAAUAAGGCAGAGCAAGAGGUGGAGGUGUUAAAGACGCUGCUGAAGAGACACACACUUCAUCCUGUGGAAGAGGACGACAACUCCUAAAUUGAUCAAGUAGUGUGUGUACAUAUCAUGAGAUCGACAUGUGUGGUCUGUAUUCACCUGGCGGUCCAGAUUGAAUAAACAGUACAGUGCAACCUCAAAAUUUAAAUACUCCAAAUUUGGACCUACAUUUUUCUCAAAUGUAAAACAAGACUAUCCUUGAGCAUGACGUCAUGUGACAUGCCAACAAAUCUCAUGAGCGUUUGAACUUUUUCAUUGGCUUUUUUGUGAUGCCAAUACAGAAGAUGACAGAGAGCUUAUAGUAAGGUAGUAAAGUAUCUGGGUGCUAAACAAUUAUAUAUUUAGCAUUGUUUUUAUUAUAUAUCAUUUGUUUUCUUUAUAUGUUACAGGAAACAGUGUUGUGUUGGCCAGAAACAAUAGUUUUAUUCAUUUACUGUAUGUUUUAAAGUUGAUAACUUGUUUUUUUACACUUGAAUGAUAUUGUAGUUAUAGUGAGAAUGUUACUUAAAACAUCACCUGUACAGUUAACACAGUUUUUUUUAAAUCAUUGGUAUUUAUUUUUUCGACAAAAUCUUUUUUUUAAAUGUCGUAAAAGUCAACCAGCGACCUUUGUAGGUUCCACUGUACUGUAAGACUUUGAUAAACAUGAAACUGAAUGCAUACGCCAGUCAAGGUAUUUAGGAACUUAGAAGGAUGUUUACCAGUAAAAACACAGAUUCAUGAUGAUAAGCAAAUAAGAAUAUUGUAUGAUGUCCAUAGAACAUAUGUAUUAGUGUAAAUAUAGUCAUUAAGAAUGGCGCCUAAUGAUAAUUUUUGCAUCCUUUCCAUGUUCGUUGUCUGAAACACUACACAGUUCAAGACAUAUUUUUUGUACAUUGGUCCGUACUGGUCAAUGUUGUUGUUUUUUGCUUAUGAGGAGUUUAUUGAGCAGCCUUUUGUGUCAAUGCUCUGCAGUCUGAUACUAGGCGGUGGCAUCCUCGGCAUCUUUUUGGUCAGUAUUGUGAGCUUGUUGAAAGUAAAUUUUGGGAACUCAGUAAGAAA